ACGGGGGACUGAGAGGCCAGGCGGGCAGCCGUGAGACAGAGGCCUGGUGAAUGGCUGAAGACAAAAGAGCGACACAGGUGAUUUUAAACUCCCGGCCACAAGACACCCCACUAUGGUGUGGGGGAAAGCUAGUGAUAAGGCAGUAGGGAAGCGCCAGGAAGGAAGAAUUACUUCCAGGACCAGGUAGGAAUGUUAGGAAGGAGAUAUUUAUUUGCGAAGUGUUUUGGAAGACGAGCCACUUACCGAAUCCUCACCCUGCUGUCUACGGUCCGCCGGGCCAGAGGAACGCCACCCGCCCAAACCGGAAGGCUGUGCGACAUCUGCGCCUGCGCGCUCUUUGUUACGCUCCCCAUUUUAGUCCAUUACCCUGAGAGUCGCAGCGUUACUGAAAUGGAAGUCCUCGGGGCGAUUCCAGAGAAACCGAGCCGCAGAAAGUACAGGGCCGCCUUGAAGAAGGAGAAACGAAGGAGACGUCGGCAGGAACUCGCCCGAUUGAGGGACUCAGGACUCUCACAGAAGGAAGAAGAGGAUGAUGAUGCUUUUAUUGAACAACAACUAGAAGAAGAGAAGCUGUUGGAGAUGGAGAGGCAAAAAUUGCAUGAGGAGUGGUUGCUUCGGGAGCAGAAGGCACAAGAAGAAUUCAGAAUAAAGAAAGAAAUGGAAGACACAGCUAGAAAGCGGCAGGAAGAACAAGAGAGAAAGUUAAAGGAAGAAUGGGAAGAACAGCAGAGAAAAGAGAGAGAAGAGGAGGAGCAGAAGCUACAGGAGAAGAAGGAAAGACAGGAAGCUGUGCAGAAGAUGUUGGAGCAGGCUGAAAAUGAGUUGGAAAAUGGUACCACAUGGCAAAACCCAGAACCACCCACGGACUUCAUAAUGGAGAAAGAUCGAGCCAAUUGUCCAUUCUACAGUAAAACAGGAGCUUGUAGAUUUGGAGAUAGGUGUUCACGUAAACACAAUUUCCCAGCCUCGAGUCCCACACUUCUUAUUAAAAGCAUGUUUACAACAUUUGGGAUGGAGCAGUGCAGAAGGGACGACUAUGACCCCGAUGCAAGCCUGGAGUACAGUGAAGAGGAAACCUACCAGCAGUUCCUGGACUUCUACGCUGAUGUGCUCCCCGAGUUCAGGAACGUGGGGAAAGUGAUCCAGUUCAAGGUCAGCUGCAACUUGGAACCUCACCUGAGGGGCAAUGUGUAUGUUCAAUAUCAGUUGGAAGAAGAAUGCCAAGCAGCCUUUUCUCUGUUUAAUGGACGAUGGUAUGCAGGACGGCAGCUUCAGUGCGAAUUCUGCCCAGUGACCCGAUGGAAAAUGGCAAUUUGCGGUUUAUUUGAAAUACAACAAUGUCCAAGAGGAAAACACUGCAACUUUCUUCAUGUGUUCAGAAACCCCAACAAUGAAUUCUGGGAGGCUAAUAGAGACAUCUACCUGUCUCCAGAUCGGACGGCCUCCUCCUUUGGGAAGAACUCGGAAAAGAGAGAGAGGCCAGGCCGCCACGAUGAAUACUCCAGCAGGCCAAGGCGGAGGAGGAGCCCCAGUACAGCCCAUUGCUACCUAAGAAACGGGGAACUGGAGAGGAAAAGGAGGAGGAAUCACAGGACGACGAAAUCCCACAAACACACCUCACAGAGUCACAGAAGGCACAGGUCCCAAAGUAGAGGAAGGAAAAGGGACCGCAGUCAGCGUUACGGCAGCCAGAGCCAGAGCUCCUCCAGGUCCAGGAGUCAUGGUGGGAGGAGGUCAGGUAGUAGGGACAGAACCAUUCAUAGUCCCAAAUCCAAAAUAAACCUAUUUUGUUCUUAAAUGAUUAUAUGUAUCUUACUGUGGCUGCUGCAUAAUUGAGUAAAGGGUUCUGAGCCCAAAUGGGUUAAACAGGUCUGGCAGAACCCUGGGUAGUCUGGAACCUUAUUUACUUUAACUCUCUGAUAAAACAUAAAAUGUAUACAUUACAUGAAAAUCACUUGUAAUCCUAACCCUCAAAGAUAACCAGUUGACACUGGAGUGUGGUGCAUUAGCUGUUUUUCUUCUUAUAGGUGUGUACUUUUUACAAAGAUCAAUUGUGGCUGCAAAUGAAUGUGUUUUUCCCCACAAAACAUUGUCAUAUUCUAAGCCUUGUUCCUGUGUUUUUACUCACUGUAUAAUGUGGAUCUAUCAAUUUAUUUAAUCAUAUCCGUACUGUUGGAGUUUUAAGUUAUUUUUAACUUCACUAUUAAAGAAUCCUAUGCUAUAAA